AUGAGAGUAGCGCCAUCCACGAUGUGUUCAACCGCCUCCAAGAGCCUUUUUGGCGGCCCGACCUUCUCCUUUGACUCGUUACCUUACCGGCCCAUUGACCAGACUGUCAUCGGUGGAAGCAAGAUGUCUUCCAGCUGUACGGUGGUUGUGACGGAGCAGGUGACAGAGCGCAUCACGGAGCUCAUCUCUUCGCCAACCAUCUACCUCGACGACAGCGGCGAUCUGAGACUCUGCGUCGGUGGCGACGUCGAUGAGUGCCCGCAAGACUUUGUAGUCUGCUCAAGGGCCCUCGGACGGAAUUCGCCGGUGCUGAAGGCGAUGCUGUUCGGCGGGUUCGCCGAGUCCCGCCCGGCGGCCGACGAUGGCGGCGAGUGGAGAGUGGACCUGCCCGAGGACUCGACCGCGGCGAUGGAGAUCGUGCUGAACAUCGUCCAUGGCCACUUCAACCUCGUCCCGGAGAAGCUGCCGCUGAUGCGCCUCUACGACGUUCUCACCAUCACGGAGAAGUACGACAUGACGGUCAUCGUCCGGCCCUGGGCUCGCUCGUGGAUGCAGGCAGUCCGGCACCAAACCGACAACGCCCAUCUGCUCUGCGUCGCGUGGGAGCUGGGCGACGCCGAGGUCUUCGAGACCAUGUUCAAGAAGAUGACGUACGAGUCCAUGAUCGACUUGCAGGGGCGGUUGGUGUUUGGGCACUCGGCACGAGUCUGGAAGCCCGGGCCGGAAGGAUACAACUUCCCCGUUGACAGAAUCCAGUAUCUGCGACCGCCAGAGGUAUUUGGUGAGUUUGUUCUACACGUAGUUUCGACCAGUUUCAAGACGGACGUUGCAUGUAUGCUGAGACGGUGCUCCCCCGCAGAAACCAUCGCCAAGCACCGCCAGGCCCUCAUCUCUGCCCACUUGGACCACUUUGUCAUCCUGUACAGAUGUCUCAAGGAGGGAUGCCGAUACAUGAAGGGAUACUACCACAGCUCCUCGGACGCAGAGGAGUGCAACAGCAUGCUCCUCGGGUCGCUGGUGCGGUGCCUCGGGAAGGGCAAGGUCGACAUCACCAUGCCCAACCCGUGCGAGUCAUAUCGGGGAAACAUCGAGUCCCUGGAGAAGGCAACGAGCGCCGUCAAGCUGCUGACGAUCCAUCGGCCCUCCCCCGCAAAUCAGUGCCUAAAACGGAUAGAAGAGGAGUUGGCCAAGGGCGCGGUGACGGCGGCGGAGACGAAAGGGGAGAUGGUCGUCGUCCGGCCGGAGCUUCGGGGAUACCUCGACAAGCAAUCCCAAAAGACGGGCGUCGCGAUUCCUGCAUAA